UUUCAUUACAUCAAAGUGGCUGAUAUUUAUCUAGCAUUUUUAUUUUAACACUUAACUUUGAAUCUACCCCUACAUGCUUACACAACUCUGAAUUGCAGUUUUUGACAAUUGGCAAACGCUAACGCGAAUGGCAAAUCAAAUAUUCAUCUGUCAGAAGGAAGAAAAGGGGACACAUAUAGGAAAAACUGCAGCGCAGCAGCAAGAGUCCCGACAAAAGUAAUUUUAAUUGUGAAAAAAAUUUGUAAUCAAUUGUGAAACCAAUAAUCUAAAGCAUAGGCAAAGUUCGCGUUGUCAUCGAACCGAAACGCGCGCACGACGCCCGCAUGUAGCUCAAACAUGGAACAGCGUAUUCUAAAGCAAGACGGCUACUUGGAUGUGGGCGAUGAUAGCAGCAACGACGGUGUCUUGCCUGGCGGAGCACCAGUGUUUGAAAUUCGCAACAUAGUGUAUCACCCGCAACUAAAUGUGCUGCUUGCUUUUGGUGUCAAUAAUCUAGUGAAAGUUCUAGAUGUCAAUUCCGGCGUUAUUUUGCAGACGUAUCAAUUAAGUACAAAUGCUGAAAACUUAAUCCAUGGACGCUACAUGCCAUUGCAAGAUAAAAUCUUGUUCUGGGAUGGCCACAACUUGGGCCUGCGCGGCGACUACAAUGGUGUUUUGCUCUUGGACACCAUACUGCAGGCGCCAAUUGGUCAAAAUGAUGAUUACAUUAAGCUGGAGCUUAUAUUGUCCGAAGCGAUCAUCUUUCAGAAUUGCAUAAACGAACUGGAGAGCGAAGGUCUCGAAUGUCCGUGUGAUAUUAGCAACGAGCUGACACAGAAGAUAAACCAGGCUCAGCUGAACACCAAGAAGGGCAUUAAAGCGCAACGCUGGAACACUAUUUGCUUGGAUGUACCCUAUUCCAGUCUUAAAUUGGUAGCUAAUAAUGUGGUCAUAUUGCUGAAGCGUUUGGAACGACACAUUCCGGUACUGGCCAUAGCAUCGGCUAUCAAUGAACGUUUAACGGACAUGCUAAUGGGCUCUCGUUUGCCAGACUACGGCUGGAACUUCAGCAAUUUUCAGCGCGUACUCAUGCAUUCGGAAGCUGUUCGCCGCCAAACAUUCGAGAAAUGGCCGCACAUGGACUACAAAUGGGCGCUGCCAGAUCAAAUGGCACAAGCCGGUUUUUAUCAUCAACCCUCAUCAUCAGGCGAAGAUCGAGCUAUGUGUUUUACAUGCAACGUGUGCUUGGUGUGCUGGGAAAAGACGGAUGAGCCUUGGAGCGAGCACGAGCGCCACUCUCCUCUAUGUCCGUUUGUGAAGGGAGAAUAUACACAAAAUGUGCCGCUAUCUAUCAGUUAUGCCACCAAUCCGGCAAUAACUUCGCCAGGCAUGGGAUUUGAUGUCAUUUCUAACAGUGACUAUGCCAAUGUUCUUUGCACCAGCUGCACUCAAACUGGCGAACUAAGCGUUUGGAGUAUUGAACGUCAUCUGAAACUUAUGCACAGUUUCCAUGUACCCACACUGCUCAAAGAACUGUUCGAAGAGAACUUCGAGUGGGCGCGCGUUACUGCUAUCUGCGUGCUGCCAAAUGCGCGCGCCCGUACUAAGGUCAACUAUGUGUACUCGGAGAACUACAGCGGAAGCGGCAACAGCGGCGGUGGUGCGCACGCUAGCAGUAUGCACAGCGGUGGCAAGUUUGGUGGCGUGAAUGCACAGCACAUAACAUCUACAUCGACGCUGCGAGCCGGAGUAGUGGGCUCAAAGAUAGUUCUCGGUGUAACUGUGCGCCAAAGCAGCGGUGAGAUGGCUUUGCGAAUGGUGGUGCUUAACAUCGUGGAGUUGGAUAGGCAUAGCGAGAACUCAGCCGUCAUUAGCAAUGACAGUGGGAGCGUCUCUAGCAUGGGAGGUCAGCUCAAAAAGACAUCUUCACAACUGGGCACCACGUCCAGUGACUCAAAUGUUGUUGCUAGCCAAGUGAGUCUUGAAUCUUCUAAGGAUGAUGACAACAAAUCGUUGACGCCAUAUGAAAAAUUUGCGGAUGGCUUUGACAGCAACGGUUUUGUAUCCGCUUUAAUGACUUAUAACAAAAACAAUGAUGUUAACCAGAGCGGCAACAACUCGUCUGUGUUGUACGACCUCGAUUUGUCGACGUUGUCGCAAAUUCUGGAUAGUAAUCUAGAUGAUUCUUCCUCGGGGCUAAUGGUCUCCUCAAAUACUGUAAAUGUGAGCAGCAACUUGUUAGGAAUGAGCAAUGACAUGGACAAGCUUUUGGAUCAGGCCGAUGUUUCACAUCAAAACAACAAUAACAACAAUGAGAACACAAUGGGCGUAGUCUCCACUAAUAACAACAACAACAACAUAAUUAUAAAUGGCAGCAACAACACGAGCGACAAGUUAUCCGCCAGUGAAGAAAUAGACUGUUUGGUAGAAAGCUGGACGAGCGUUAAACGCAUGAAUGCCUUGGAUGGCGCCCAUAGUACUAAUGGAGGUCAAUUAGAUGUGCAGGAGAUUGUGGAGAUUGCUGAAAUUAUGACCACCAGUCCGAAGUGCAAUCAGCUGCUGGUUAAACUGAUGCGUACCAAAGUCCCAGAUUCUGAGGACACUAAGAUCAUAAUGGCUACGGUCGCCAAAGAAGAAGAAGAUCAACAUAAUAUACCUACGGAUGUAGACGACAAUAAUGCAGAAUGCAAUGUGGCUGCUCAGUUGCUCCUCUUUGAUUAUGAUGACACCCAAAUCUCCAACGAUUACACUCUUGCCAUGACCUUUAGCCGUGCUAAAUGUCCCAAGCAACUGUGCAUCCUGCCACCGCAUGCGUCGACAGCUUCGUCAGAUCUUAAAGACACCGGAUCCAUUUGUGUGGUGUGUGCCGAUGGAUGUAUUGAAAUUUAUUCGUUAGCCGAUUUUCAAGCUACAUCUGUUAUCGAGGAAGAGGGCGAGCACUUUGAGGCCGUUGUAUAUUGUCGUAACUUGGACAGACUUUGCUGCUGUUCGCGCCAGGGAGGGAUGCUGUUUUAUUCGCUUAAUGACGGCGAGAACGACUCUGGUGAUGAGCUGCUGGAAAUGGAGGAUGACUGCAGUACUACCCUGACACAUGCUAUGGAUUUAAGCGUAACUGAUGGAGUGCGGAAUAUGCCAGGCGCCGACUCUGCUAUGGGCGAUACGAUGAUUUGCGGGGAUGUAGGCAUCGAUGCGGUGGCCGGGACAUCAAGUCAAAAUAUACAUGUGCAGACUUCACCAUCUGUUGCAUCCCUAAUGGGCAACAACGCAAAUCUGUUAGCAUACAAGACGGGUGACUUGACGCUCGAUGACUUACGUGUUUUAUAUGCACUGACGCAGUUCGAUGACAAGUUAACUGUGUACUCAGCAGAAGUGCCAAGCUGUUGGAACGAUUUAGGCCAGGUACAAAAACAGCGCAAGCAAUCUCAAAAUAUGCGUCAUGGCGGCGAUGAGCGUGAUUUCACUCGGACUUGGAGAUUGCACAACGAUGCUACCACUUGGGACGAACACAUAAUUGAGCUGAAUCUGGCUCAGCCAGUGUCAUUGGGCCACAUCGACUUAAAGUUUACUGUGUAUCAGCAGUGCUCCAAUCCAGCAGCCAUUCAGGUCACCUUACUCAAGCAGAAUACUAAUGGCUUUGGCUACAGAAUGAAAGGACCGCAUGCUAGCUACAAGCCCAACGUCAUUGAUGAUAACAUUGACUUCUCUUAUAGUGAGACACAAAAUAUUGCCAGUGAAAAUCCUGUUCUCAGCGAGGAAUAUCUGUUGGCCCACAAUGCAGAAGUGCUGGCUGGCCCUAUUGAGCUUUCUUCAUGCAUUGAUUUGUGUGAUCAGGGCGGUACCGCCACACUCACUUCGCCGAAACUAUUCAAGACGCGCACGCGAAAUUUCCUUCUUCAUAUCAAAACUGUAUCGGAUCCAUCCAAGGAGGGGCAGAGUAAAACGAGAGUUUUUUCUGCGCGACACAAGAGUCCGCAUCAAGUUGAAGAUUGUGUUAAUCGUACGCGAAGCAGUAAAAUAAAUGCCCCGCUGUCGAAUGUAAAUCAAGCACAUGUGAAAACGGGAAAAAUGAAAUUAAUUUCAGUUUUGAGCGCUCCGCUUUUCAACAAAUAUGUGAACAAUUUAGAUCUACCACAUGUUCAAACAAUCAUCGUACCCAAGCAUUCGAUGAGGUCUCGGCCAAUCGCAGCUGGUCCUUUUGUUCGUCGCAACACCGGGCAACUAAUAGGUUGCGAUUGGCUACACGAGAUAUCGAUAAGUGUUCGGGCUGUUAAGGCACAAAAUCGUAUAAGCAAUGGGCGCAUUCAGCGCAUUGCUAUGCUUGAUAGCAAUGGACUAUUGGAUCAGCUCUUCCGUAUAGUGAACGAUUCUGACUCAACGCCGCUGAUUAAAAAUUUGGCGCUCGAUGUACUCAACUGGAUUUGUUUCAUUCGGCUAAAUCGCUUUCGUUCGCCGAAAUCUGAACGUCUUAAGGACCAGAUUAACAAGCAAACUGCAGGCAAUAUUAAUGAUUUGCUGGCGCAGCAGUUUGAAUGCAUUAACUUGUCAGAGAAGCACAUCGAAAAACUGAUUCGUAACUGCAUUCUCUAUAGUGAGCGCACCACAGCACACAAGUGUGUCAAGUUGUUGAUCAUGCUGACAGAGGGCAUGGCUAAUCUGCCCCGUGAACUGCAGAAACAUGCAUCAUUAGAUAUCAGCAUCAAGACAGCCAUAUCAAAUACGUUCCAUGAGCUGCCGCAGGCUCAGUGCGCCAGCGUAGUGCGCUGGUAUGCGAUGCUUACCUGCGCUACAUCUACUGCUGAGUCACACAACAGCAUUUCAGAAUAUGCUAUCAAUCUGCUUAAAGAUAUAACCAACGAAAUUGAUAAACGAUGGGAUCCGCAUUGUGCGUUGCUGAGUACGCGUUUCGGACUCUAUGGCUAUCCUUUUGAACCAGAAAUUUUUGACUUUGAUUUUCCCAACAUAAACAGACACGGGUCUAGUUCAUCUGUUGCACUUACAAAUGUGAUACGCAGCAGUGCCACCAUUUUGCCAGUAACAGGACUCGAUAUCAAGCGUUUGAGUUCGAUUGAUGGUGUUGAUUUUCGAACCUUUCCACAUCUAAUACGUGGAAAGAGUAUUAGUAAUCAGUUGCGUGGUCUGUUGGAAGUAGUGCAGCUGCACUUUAAUUGUGUACAAACCUCAGAGGCAACACGUAUUGAUAAUAUUGACAGCGUAGUCAACGGUGCUGCCAGUGUGGUCAUUGAGGAUGUAAUGAUGAUGCCAAAGAUGGUUGCAACCAAAGGGAAGGAUGAAGAAUUGCUAAAUGAUCUGGUCAAUGAUGUAGAGUGUCUGGUAGAAGAGAUGAAAGACAAGGAAGUUAAAACCGCUUUUGGAUCUUUUGGCAUGGUGAAUGGUUUCAAGGAUAAAGCUUCUGUCUCGUCGCUCACUGAUCUGGAACAUGCUCUAAAAGAGGAGGUAAAAAUCGAGAAGGCCAUUGAUAAGCUGAAGAUAUCUAAGUUUUUGCCACAGCUCACACUUUGGAACAGCUAUAUUCAAAAGAAGUUCGGAAUAAAUGAAGAAAACUCGUACGACGCCUAUGGAGAGCUAGAUAACUGGGAAAAGCCGCUAAUGAAGUCUUGCCUCGAUGCGCUGCCCGAAGAGGUUUCGCUUUCGCAGACGUCCGAGCAGUCGCAACCCACGUCACAACCGGGCGUCAAUGACAAUACACAGAACAUGUCGGAUGAUGCCGUGGAGAGAGAGAAGAUUUUGGAAAACUUGAUAGCCAAUCCUUGUCCGCCAAUUGCUUGGCAUAAGCUGCUAACGCCACCUCCCAAGCUUAUGAUUGUUGUUGACCGCAUGCAUUCGGGAGCCCGCCGAUUUGUUGUACUGGAUUUUGGCCAGCACAUUUUACUUACCGAUGUGGUGAUACCCGCCUGCGACGAGCUUACGUCUCUAAAUAUUGACAUUUGGUGCUUCGACGAGGAAACGGAUUCCACGCGUCUUGCCCAGGUCACGGACAUACAGACAAAAACACUGGUUCUAAGUGAUAUGCAGCCACCACCAAUUUGUCGCUACUUAAAGCUUACUAUCGUUGGACGUAUUGGAAUGUCAUCCACCAAGUGUAAGGUACCGCUGGGCAGUUUCUUUGGCCAUCCAAUUGUAUUGGAACACGAUGGUUAUGGGGAUCAGCUGGUGCGUUUUGUUAAACAGCCGGCCCAAUCCCUUCAGACGCAUCUGAAGUCCCUUAAUGCACUUUACGAGGAUGUUCAUUGCCGUUAUAGCUUAGCCAGUUGCAAGUUAAUGGAACUGUUAUCGCCUAUGCGAAAUAGCGAGCUAUCUAAUGUAGCCCAUUUACAAGCUUUUAUCAACAAGCAACGUGAUGAAGAACUCAGUUGUGGUAUGGAUAAUAACAACAAAGUUGUUUCUCUAUACGAAGAGUGCAUGCUGCUUCAAUACCAAAUCAACGUUAUACGAAAUGUGGUCCUACGUUUGGAGCGCGCAAUAUCACCAAAGUCGCAGCGUGUACCUGCACCACCGAGCCCUGCACUCAUCGAAGAGUCGUUGCGCACCGCAUCGCGGGAUAAACUGCGCGUAUUGAGUCUUAGUCUGGUUGAGGUGCUAUUGCAUUUCUCAAUUGAGUAUGGUAUUAAAAACAUACUACCUGUGCAUCAGCGUUUCAAUGUGGUCACCGCCAAAGCAUUGUUUAAUUCCUUGGUCGUGUACGGAGAGGCACAAUUGCAGUUAACAACAUGUUCCCUAUUGGUCCGCAUGUGCUGUUUUCAGCCUUGGUGGGGUGACUUUUUGGCCGAUACGUUUUGUAGUUUGUUCUCAGCUCAGAAUUGCAAAGCGUUUCCACAAGAUCGCAUUUUCUUUCUGCUCACAUAUUUGGGACGUCGCAGCAUUGCAAUGGGCGCUUGUCGUUCCAUUGUCAUAGAUGCUGUGCUUAAGACGCUAGUUAAGUUGCUAGCACCUAUUUCGCCGCACUAUAAGUUCCAAUCGGAGCAGCCAAGCACUUCAGCGAGUGCAGCGGAACGCAACGCAGCUAUGGGUAGCACAUCUGAUCUUCAACUGAUUACGUGGCUUUUAUUGUUCCUUUCGGUUUGUUUGGAUGAUAACAACGAACGCAAGGAUAAAUCGGCAGCACGCUGGGAUUUUAUGAGUUGCGAAAGCGACUUUACAAAAACCAGACCCAACAAUACACCAAACAGCAAGCAAUUACGUUGCUUCAAAAAGCGAAUCAUUCAGCAGAAUAAAUACUCUGUACAGCCCUACACAGACUGGGGCAAGAAAAUCUACAUGAUUCAAAAUGAGCACCCCGGCAUAUUUAUGGAACUGUCGACCAAGUCUAAGGCCAGCGGUGCUGGUAAAUCAACGUCAACAGCUGGAAAAAUUAAUAUGGUAUCCAGUAGUAUGUGUGCGCCUAGUACCAAUGCCAGCGGUAACUCGGUUAAAGCAACUAGCACUUCUACAUCAUCGCCAAAACAUCUAGAUGGCUUGGGAGCUAGUGCUGAAGGAGAUAGUAACUUUGACAAGGGGCUGAAGACGCUAAGCAUGUCUAAUAUUAAAGUGGUCAUCCGUGGGCUAUUCGCUCUGCUGCUGGAGAUGGAUUUCGAUUGCAAUAUGGAUCAGUUUCUGCUAACGUGUAAAGUAAUAGCUCGUCUUGUGGCUGCGUGUCGGCCAUCAGUACGACUGUGCAAAAUUGUGACAACAGCCCAGCUGGAACAGCUGAUUCGCCUGGCUGUAUGGAACGAUCAGCAACAACCCUGGGCUGUACAUGCAAUUACUUGUUUGCUUCAGGACCUCUUGGAUGCAGACAAACAGUAUAGGGAUAAUGAUGCUACGCCCACCAAUGAUGGAGUUCGGUCCAUUGUGACGACAGCGGUGCAGGAGACACGCGAUCUUUUCAAUGACUAUACUUCUGUCAAAUACAAUUACCUACCCUCUCUGAUCGAGUGCGAGGACACCGAGUUUGACGAAAUGCUUAACGAUAUCGAUAUGAUAGAACGCACAAAGCCGAUUACUAAGAAGGAAAGUAAUGCACUCUGCAAGAACACGUUUAGCUUCUUUUGCAAGUCCAUAUCCAUUGCGAUGGAUAGCCGUUUAGAUGCUGGUUUGGAAUUGCAUGUGGAAACCCAGUUGCGUCGUCUAACCAAUCGCACAUCUCUCGAUCUGUACUCUUCGCUGCCGCAAGUACUGACCAAUGAGUUUGUGUCCGCCCCGCCGGAUGCUGCGCCCUGGCCCGAAUAUCUUACGCAGCUAUGGUCUGGGCCAGAUUACAGUGGUCGCAAUACAUACAUCAUGCUGAAAAAUGUUUUCGAUUCUAUACUGGCCGAUUUGCAUUAUGAGGAUACGUGGGUGCAUCUGGAACAAGUGUUGCAAAUGUGGCUGACACUUAAUUGUGAACUAGCUGACAAACCCUACACCUCAGGCAUCACCCAAACAGAUAUACCAAAAAUUCCAUUUGGCGCCAAUGCUGUGCAAGGCCUUCUACUGGCUCUUGCUUGGCACAAUGAUAUUAAGCUACGGACUUGGUGCUUGGGUUUUCAAUGCUUAUUCCUUGCUUGUAAUUCGUUACCCAUUGGCGACGAUGUUACGGAUUGCACGCGCAUCAAUGAGGUCAUUGUGAAUGAUGAGAACUUUGAGAAAAUGCUACUGCGAUUCUUUUCCGGAUACGGCAUGAGUUCCUCUAUAAUUACGAAUCGCUGUGCCGGUCCAACCAUCUGUAAGCAUUUGCACGAGCUGCUGUUAUGGCUUCACAGUAAGAACGAAAGCAGUGGCGGGCUCAUUCCAUGUAAGCGUCGGCUUAAAGACAUUUUGCUACAUGUCGUGUUGCAAUUAGUGCAGCCCGGCGGCGCUAUUAGCAACCAACAAGGCCCCAUCGAUGCACAAAAUCAGCUGGUCCGUGAUUUGCUUUUAAUGCCGAAUGACAAAGGCGAUUUGAAUAUUGCGCUUAAGAUUAUCGAAAGUGUUUCCUUUCUAGUCUACAACAACAUUUCCAAUGGUGAGAAGCUACAAUGCCAACGUGGCAACGAGAACAGUAAUGCUGGCAAUAACUUCAGCAAUUUGUUUGCUAAUGUGUUGGGUUCCGAGAAUCCAAGUAAACAAAAUGCCAACAUCUGCGACAACUCGUUAAUUAUAAACCUUCUUAAAUUGUCCUCGCACAUGGCUCUCACAGAGAUGCCCAGGCAGCCUAGUGAGGUAACUAUACCUGAAGAAGAGGAGUUGUCCAAUCAAAGCCAAACGGAUGAAACCAAAGCAGAGCAGUUGAACACAGAGGGACAUCGCAGCAAGGUGCCGUGUAUAGCUGAUUGGGUGCUACGCCAGUUUCCCACGAUGAAGCGAUUGUUUGGGGCACUCUCUCAGUGCUCAACAAACACAUUUACAAUGAUGUCUUCAAGCUGCCUAUUUUCGCUCAAAACGAACAUGGUACUUGAUGAGCCACAAACUAUUGCAGAUGCCGUAUUUAGUUUGAUGAUCACUUUAAGCGAGAGGGCCUCAAAUCCACGUCUGGUUGUAGCUCCGAUAUGUCAAUAUCUCGAGGAGACCACCAUACAACGCAAUGCCACAUUGCCACGUCUUCAGCUAUCGGAACCCUUCCUUUGGUAUAUAUCGAAAGUGUUGGAAGUAACAGCGGCUGUGCAAAUUUUCACUCAACUUGGCGGCAUUCAAAUAAUUUGCCAUAAUUUGGUGCGGCUCAACAAGACUAUUAUUAAUAUGCAACCGGGACUGAUCUCAAUGAUUAUGCAACAUAUGACACGUAAUACUCGGCUCAAGCUUAAUAGUCAUGUGAGCAAUGCUAACGCCUGUAAAAAAACAACUUCAAGCGCAGGCGCGCAAACUACGACAACAGCAACACAGUCCACCAGGAACGGCAGCGCCCAGUACGAUGGACUCAUCAACUUCGCACCUUUCUCACAUAUAGUAUCGGAAAAUGAUGCGGCUCAAAGUGCCGAAAUGCUUAUAUCAAAUCCUAAUGCCACACAUAGACGACCACGCUCACCUGCCUGGAGCUAUAUGUUCUAUCCAAAUGAGACGCAUGUUGAUUUAACGAUAACUCUGCCCACGGCCAUUUUGCUCAAGGAGGUGCAAUUGGUGCCGCAUACCUCUAGUCUAGCUUCCUGCCCGUCCGCAGUAGCUUUGGAAUUGUCUCGUGAUUAUGGCGUUGGUUCUAUUCCCGUUGGCGCGCCAAUGGCCACUACUGGACUUACGUGCAUACGUCUUAAGCUUGCCAAAGCUGAAGUGGCUACCAGUAUCGUACUAAGGCUUUAUAAGCCUAAAGAUUGUGGCAAUGUUGGACUUGUGCAGAUAGCUGUACUGGGUCAGACGAUAUUUGGCAAUCGGAUGCAAGGAUUACGCAGCCAAGGUGCUUUUGGUGAAUCAUUUAUGGCCUCCUCUGCAGCAAUGAGUUCGGCCGCAUUGUCUGCAAUGGAUGUCGAUGCAAUGCCGGAGGAUGAUGCGUUUGCUAAGACAAGCAUCGGUUGGGUACGAAUUUUAUCUCGAUGUUUUCACGUUGCUGCUUUGCAACCAGAUAGCAAGCUGUCAGAUUUAAUUGCCUCGUAUCCGGCUGCAUACCCCGGAUUUUUGGAGGCCUGUUGCUCUCUCUUAAAUAUCAUGCCAAUGAUACCAAGCUUUGCCCAACAACAUCUAGAAACCAUUUUGAUUAAGCUGGGUGCCUACAACAACGAGCUUAGUUUGCAGCUUUUGCGGACAUUGCUUUGGCAUACCACACCACAGGUGUUCAAGCUCUCCAGCGAUGCUGUGUGUGAUCUCAUUUUCCAAGUUGUCACAGGCUCUACAGAGUAUAUGCUGGAUAAGCUACGGGUUCUACUUGAUUGGAUUAUGCAACUGCGUGAUACUUACAGUAAGCAAGCACGCUGUAAUAAUCCGCAAAGUGGAUUUGUCAAGGUAAUUGCCUCAAUCUUGUGGCAAGUUCACCGCCAACAACAGGUGUCCGAUCUGUCGCAACUUAUUACACCGCCACUGUUUGAGACCUGUUACCAGUGGAUAUCUGAAUUGGAGCAUGAUGAGCCAUUGAAGAGCAGCUUUGAUGCGCUCAUGUGUGCGCUGUGCUACAUAAAGCCCGAGCUAUUUAACCAGCUGCUGGUUAAGUUAGGUGUGAAGCUGGAGCAGCAGACGCGUGGCAAAACGGACGAUAGCAAGGUGCAAAGCGGCUGUGCUUGGUUCCGACGGGAGGGAAGUGAAAAUCUGACAACGUUGCUCCAAUAUCCAGCUUUUCUGAAGACACUCGCAUUGGCUUGCCAGUCACCCGUGGCCGUUUAUCAGAUGCUGGACUCGGGUCUGCCCAAGUUACUUGCGCAUGCCAUUUACGAAUACUGCACUCACAUGAUACCAACAACAGAGGUGCAACCUGUAGAGCUAACGGCCAAAGCCUCUUGUAGCAAUCAAGCAGCUGCUGGUGGAGAUUCUUCGCUCACGGAUUUUGAUAAGGCGGAAGCGAAUUUCGGAAUUGGCACAGCGCCGCUGCUUAGCUGCGCUAAUGUCCCUAAAGUUCUGGACUUCUUCUCAGAGUGCUGUGCAGAGGGCCCCAUGCGUGACUGGCUGGGAACUUUGCAAGGUUCCUUGUUUUGGAAGCCGUUGUUACAGCUGCUUUGCAACACACACUUGGCACAGUUCAGCAAAACAUUGCCCAUGCAACAGACGUUUAUUCGGCUUGAACGGGCAACGAUCAAUUUCUUUACACGUGUCAGUGCAUGUCAUCCAGCUAAUCAGGAAGUGCUUACCUCGUUGCUUAUUGGCGCCAUUAUCUGCAAGCCAUUACGCUCUGCUGGUGGCAGUCGUCCAACUAUUUCUGGAUUCACACGGCAACUGGUACUACAGCUGCUACUUGAGAACGAGCACAUCACAGUUUCUGUGCGCAGCCAACAGCCAUUACAGCGCCGGGAUACUUUGUCAGCCAUAAUGGGCGGUAGUUCUACCGGAGGUCCCAGUAACAGUUUACCUAUUGCGGCGGUCAAUCAUCAUCCGGCGAAGCGAAGCAGCGCUCAUCAAAUGCUAUUUAAUGUAACCACGAACACCACCUGCCAGGAAAUCAUGCAGAAUUGUGUUAGUGUUUAUAGUAACUUAGUGUAUCAACAACCAACAGAUCAGCGCACUGGAGGUGAUGCUUCGGGUGGUAUUCCGUCUGCCAAGUCAAGCGAAACAAAGCUCGACAAAUCAUGCUUCAUUAACUUCAACAACAUGGAGGCAGGUAGCAUGGAGUUUUUAACAGUUGGCGCUGCGGUGGCUGCUAAGGACAAGCGCAUUAAGGAUGCCAAGAACCAGGCAGCAGUAAAUAAGGACAAGGAGACGCAGACAACAGCCAUGCAACUGCUACCUAUUAAUACCUUUAAUAUUGAGGAAUUUCUAUUGCAAGCUGCACAUGCUGGCACUGGUAGCCAGUUGGUGGUAGCAGAGUACCCAGAUAUAGUGCUGGCUGGUGAUGCCACUAUCUCACAGGUGUUAGCCACAUUGCAGGAUGCUGGGCACUCAUUAUCCGCACCCUGCCUUUCGCUGGAUUUGGUAUUGCAGCACUCUGUGGGCGAUGAAGCUGCCGAAUUUAAGAAAGUUAAGGCUGUUUGCACAGAACCUUUGCCAUCUCCGUUGCAGCGAUUCUCUAGCAGUGGUGGUUUAUCUCUGUUAGCACACUAUUUGCCAACUGUCUAUCCUGAGCACAUGGGCCGUAAGGCUACUGCGGUAGCGACUGAGAAGGAGAAGAGUCCACCACUAUCCGAUUGGGUUAAGCUCGAACCCAAUGAUGAGAUUUACGAAGAUCUGGAAGAUACCAUAUGUGAACCGGCUACCAAACAAAUUACUGUUAGUUCGGUGCCCCAACAUUCGUUAGCCGCUUUUGGCUUGUUUCUACGGUUGCCUGCCUACUCUGACGUCUUGCUAAGGGAUAAACAGCGUGCGCAGUGCCUGCUGAGACUCGUACUAGGUGUCACCGGCGACGGCGAUGGCAACGACAUUUACAGCCUGUCGCUGGCACCUUCGUUACCAACGUUACCAUUUGAGGUUUUCCGCCAGCUGCUUGAUAGUGUGUCGCUAUCUACGGACGACGGCGUACUUUUGCGGCGCGUUGUCAUUGAAGUGGGGGCCAUGCAUCUUGUGCUUAAUUGUCUUGGCAUAUUUUCGCAUCAGUCUCAUAACAACAAAAUAGGUGCAUUAAUAAGUGAACCCUGCACAAGCGGAAAUAGUAAUGGCAAUGGCAACGGCAGCGGUGCUGCAACUAAAAACAGUACAGCAGAAGAACCCAUUCCUAGUGCGGCAUCAGAUGAUAAAAGCCACAUAUACUGGGCUAAAGGCACUGGCUUUGGCACAGGUUCUACGACGCAGUCAUGGAACGUAGAACAGGCGCUGAUGCGUCAGAAAAGUGAGGAGGAGCACGUAACGGUGCUCUUGCUGGUACUAUCAAGUUAUAUCAAUCCCGGUGAUUGUAUACCCAGCGAAAUGCGUGGAGAGGAUAUACUUGCUUAUCACGAUGUACGCGAUGUAACUGGGGAACUGCCACCCAUAUUCCAGACUCUUCUACAGCAGUCGUGUCUCAUACCAGCGCUAAGCUCUUACCUGCGUAACGACUCAGUUUUAGAUAUAACAAGACACAUUCCUCUCUAUCGUGCCAUUUUGAAGCUGUUGCGAGCACUUUCUCUGUCGAAGAAUUUAGUUUCGUUGCUGCAGCCGAGUGUCAGCGGAGAGUGUACCCCACCAAUUUCGGAGCUUCUAAAGAACAUGAAGACCUGCGUUGAUACGUAUGCCAAACGGCUCAAAGUCAACAAAAAGUCAAACAUUAAAGGUCAAACGCAUCAGCUGACCUUCAAUAUUGAUGAUGGCGACGACGAGGGUCUCGCACUGCUUAUACCGGAUAUACAUGAGACUUGUGUGCUGGUGCAAAAGACGACUGAUGCAGAUGCACUGAUUAACAUGUUGAAUACGCAUGAGGAUGGCAUGGGCUCAUUGGAGAGGCCGAUCAGCAAGUCAGUUGAACAGCGUUAUCUGGAGCUGAUGAAAAAACGUCAGUUCGAUACAUACGAUAUGAUUGUGGAAUCGGACAACAACAGCUUUCGAUUUGUGGUAUCGCAUCAUUUUGAAAAAAUGGUGCGUUUAGCCGGAGAUCGAUACCAUCCCUCACGUGUCAAACGAUUGGCACAAGAAGCGGUUACGCUCUCCACCAGUCUGCCGCUGAGUUUCAGUAGCUCUGUAUUUGUGCGCUGUGAUACGGACAGAUUGGACAUAAUGAAGGUGCUUAUAACUGGCCCAGCGGACACGCCUUAUGCCAAUGGUUGUUUCGAGUUUGAUGUAUUCUUUCCACCGGAUUAUCCCAACUUGCCCAUGCUUAUCAAUCUAGAGACCACGGGUCGUCAUUCGGUGCGUUUCAAUCCCAAUUUGUACAAUGAUGGCAAAGUGUGUCUGUCAGUGCUAAACACCUGGCACGGACGACCUGAGGAGAAAUGGAAUGCGCAAACGUCCAGUUUUCUGCAGGUUCUAGUUUCCAUACAGUCUCUAAUACUCGUGCCUGAGCCAUACUUUAAUGAGCCGGGAUUUGAGCGCAGUCGGGGUACACCUAGCGGCACCAACUCAUCGCGCGAGUAUAAUAGCAACAUCUAUCAGGCGUGCGUGCGUUGGGCAAUGUUGGAGCAAAUACGCAACCCGAAUCCAUGCUUCACAGAUGUGAUUCACAAACACUUUUGGCUCAAGCGCGAGGAGAUUUGCACACAGAUAGAGGGUUGGAUAGAAGAGCUAAGUAAGCCACAGUAUACCGAGCGCGCUAGUCGCACUAUAUCGUUUAACUCGAUGGUGUUGCGUCGGCAAUAUCGGCAUCUCCGAGAAGAACUAGCCAAGCUGAAGCCUCCGCGGGGUCUGGAAGAUUUGGAUGCACCCUUUAAUCCGGUAGCUACUUUGCCACCUAUGGAUGUGUCUACAACAACGUCAGCUAGUACAACGACAAAUGCACAGGUUGACAACGAAGACUCACUGGUGCCAGAGUUAAAUCUAAUGGUUGACAACGGGGACAGCGAUAUGUCUAUGCCAGCUGAUUUCUUCAAGGACAUGAAGGAAGAAGGGUUGCUGACUGGCGAAGAGGAGGUGGUCGAAAUUCUAAGUGAUACGGAGAAUGAGAGCAGCGUGUGGCAAGAUAAAGAGGAGGACACACCAUGAAUUGGUCCUUAAUGCCGCUUGCUAGUGCGCACUAGACAGUUUUAUUUAUCGUUAUAAGUUUUGUUUAAUGCUCUUUUGUUUUGUUUAAUUUUUGUAAGAGAGACUGCAACUGCAACAGAACUUGGUGUGCUUUACAUAAAGAAAACUUAAUUAUUAAUGUUAUCGAUGGAGAUCCCUUUGAAAAAUUAGUUAAAAAUAUAUAAAUACAUAUUAAUCAAAGUUCCAUAUAAAAAUCACCUCCACAAAUGCAUAUUAAGAAAUAAAUCUUUUCACUAAACAUAGCCUAACACCGUCUAAAAAUCUAUCGCGACUUAUAUAAAUGUUUCAUGAAAUGGAUCUAUCGGUAUAUAUAAUGAAGUAACCAUAUGUGUAUAGCAUAAAAUAUCACAACUUUAACUACACCACCAAAACUAAAUUAAUGUGUAUUAAACUAUGUAUGUAGUGACUUAGUUAAAUAUUUACAAACAAAAUAUGCAGAGUUACUUUUACAAUUAAAAUGC